CAUCACAUACGGCUUGACUAGAACACUCAGGCUGCUCGGUUCACUGUCAUUACCCAACUUUCUUUGAAAGACCACCAUGCCUCCCAAGAAGCAGAACACGCCGUCUUCCUCCAAAGUGAAGGAAGACAAGACGUUUGGUCUAAAAAAUAAAAAUAAGUCGGCCAAAGUACAGAAACAGGUGCAGCAGAUUCAAGCACAGGCCGCUCUGGCAGGUAAAUCCAAGCAAGCGCUUGCGAAAGAAAAGGAGAAAGAACUGCGAGCAAAAGAGAAGGCUGAAGAAGAGAAACGCCGGAAAGAAGAAGCUGCCCUGUUUAAGCCCGUGCAGGUACAGAAGGUGCCAUUUGGCGUCGAUCCCAAGACGGUUCUGUGCGCGUACCUCAAGGCUGGAACAUGUGAGAAGGGGAACAAGUGCAAGUUCAGUCACGAUGUUAAUGUCGGGCGGAAAGUGGAGAAGAAGAACUUAUACGAGGACAGUAGGGAAGAAAAGAUGCAAGAUACUAUGGAGAACUGGGACGAGGAGAAACUUCGCAGUGUUGUUCUGUCGAAGCAUGGCAAUCCACGUACGACCACCGAUAUUGUGUGCAAGUACUUUAUCGAGGCUAUAGAAACGAACAAGUUUGGUUGGUUUUGGGAGUGUCCCAACGGAGACAAGUGCCAGUAUCGACACGCACUACCUCCUGGCUUUGUCCUCAAAUCAGAGAGGAAGGCUGCGGAAGAAGCUGCAAAGGCAAACGUGAUCAGCCUUGAAGACUUCAUCGAAACCGAACGACAUAAAUUGGGUUCGAAUCUGACUCCUGUGACACCGGAAACGUUUGCCAUUUGGAAGAAAACACGAAUGGACAAGAAGCUAGCCGAGGCUGAAGCUCUGCGUAAGGCCAAAGAACAGCAAAAUGCCGCUGGCAAGAAUACUGGUAUGAGUGGUAGAGACUUGUUCCAAUUCAAUCCCGAGUGGUUCGAGGACGAAGAAGAGGAAGAAGACUGGGACAUUUCCCAAUACAGACGCACGCAGGAGGAGGAGUAUGCAGAACUACGACAUUCGGAGCACAAGCUAGGUGACUUGAGCCUAGACGAUGCGGACGCGGAUGGAAGCGAACGCUGAGCGACUUGCAUCUGUCCUCGACCAGUAUUCGUUGUAUCAUAAGAUGUACUUUACACUUGAUUUUGCACUUUAUAACCUGUUCCCGGUGCAAGUUUCCUACUUUCCGUUAGCUAAGAGCAUAGAUAAACACAUGUAGGACGUGAACAGAG